AUGUCGUGGGUUGUAGAUCCUGAAAUGCUUAUAAUAGAGGUGGAGGCUCGGCCAUUUCUAUAUGCAAAGACAUUGCCAGAAUACUCAAAUAAUAAUGCCUGGGAGGACAUAACCAAAAAACUCUCAGAGGACUGGGAAACCCUCAACAAUGAUGUAAAAAAUAGUCGAUGCAAAGAAAUACAAGCAAAGUGGAAUCACUUAAGGGACAACUGCCGGCGUGAAUAUCAAGCGCAAAAAGAUGUUACGUCAGGAUAA